AAAACCAAUUGUCUUUUUGGCAUAAAUGGAAACAUUAUAAUGAGAUACACAACGAAACAAAUGUAAAGCUUUGAGUGUCCACGUUUAGGGGCAUGCGCAGUUGAUAACCGGCUUCAAAAUGGCGACCAGGCUGGUAAGAGCGGCUACUUUGCUGUGCAAAAACUCGCCACGACAACCUCUUGCGCAGACAUCUUCAAUCGGUACACAGAAAUGGCACAAGAGACAAGUUGCAACGUAUCCAGAAACACUUCUAAAUGUUCCAGAGACAAAAAUUACUACAUUAGAUAAUGGAUUACGAGUGGCAUCAGAAGACUCGGGAAUCCCUACAUGUACAGUUGGUUUAUGGAUUGAUGCUGGUAGCCGAUAUGAGAAUGCGGGUAAUAAUGGUGUGGCACAUUUCUUAGAACAUAUGAUUUUUAAGGGUACAAAACACCGAUCACAGAUGGAACUUGAAUUAGAAAUUGAAAAUAUGGGUGCUCAUCUUAACGCCUAUACCUCACGUGAGCAGACCGUCUAUUACGCAAAAUCCUUUUCCAAAGAUUUACCUAAAGCUGUUGAAAUCUUGGCCGAUAUUGUUCAAAACAGCACUCUAGGAGAAACAGAAAUUAACAGAGAAAGGGGUGUGAUUCUCCGGGAAAUGGAGGAAGUUGAAACCAACUUACAAGAGGUGAUUUUUGACCAUUUGCAUACAACGGCCUACCAAGGCACUGCAUUGGGUAGAACUAUUCUAGGGCCAACAGAAAACAUCAAGUCACUUGUACGAGAUGAUCUUUUGACCUAUAUCUCUACACACUAUAAAGGACCCAGAAUAGUGUUAUCUGGCGCUGGAGGAAUUGAUCAUAAUGAACUUGUUGCAUUAGCCAAUAAACAUCUUGGUAAGAUUGGAUCAGAAUAUGAGAAUGAGAUCCCAGUCCUGCCACCAUGUAGAUUCACAGGCAGCGAGAUUCGUGUUCGUGAUGAUAGCAUGCCAUUAGCUCAUAUAGCUAUUGCUGUUGAGAGUGUUGGAUGGUCUCAUCCUGAUACAAUCCCACUGAUGAUUGCAAACACAUUGAUUGGUACCUGGGAUCGCUCUCAUGGAGGUGGUACGAAUGUUGCCAGUAAACUUGCAUCAGUUUGUGGAGGUUCUAAUCUCUGUCAUUCCUUCCAAUCAUUCAAUACAUGUUACACAGACACUGGUUUGUGGGGAAUGUACUUUGUUACUGAUAAUAUGAAUAUUGAUGAUAUGCUGUUCUAUGUACAAAAUGAAUGGAUGAGACUCUGUACCAGUGUCACAGAGUCUGAAGUAACCAGAGCCAAGAAUCUACUCAAAACUAACAUGCUCCUGCAACUAGAUGGGUCCACACCAAUCUGUGAGGAUAUUGGUAGACAGAUGCUAUGCUAUGGUCGUCGUAUGUCUCUCCCCGAAUUAGAUGCCCGCAUUGAAGCAGUGACAGCUAAGACUGUGAGAGAUGCAUGUACUAGAUACAUAUAUGAUAAAUGUCCAGCUGUGGCUGGAGUAGGUCCUAUUGAACAGUUGCCUGAAUACAACAGAAUUCGUGGUGGCAUGUACUGGGUUCGACAUUAAUGAUUGAAUGGACGUUUAAGUAUUGUUAGUUUCAUUUCAGAGUGCCUGUGAUUUAUGUAUAUUCCAAAGUAUUUCUCUCCUGUCAUUGUAACAAAAUUCACCACAAAACUGGACGACAAAUGAUUAAACAAACUUGUAUCUAUUGGAUUUGUGGUCUUGUCAACUGCUACAGAAGAAAACCAUGUCAAAUAUCCAAAUUUCAAUUUUGUAAAAUGUUGCUCACUUUUGUGCGUCGCCAAAAUAAACUGUUAACAUAUUACAA